AUGGCCGAUGUCUUAUUAGGCCAUACACUUGUAUUACUGUACACGGUGUCUUUUGCAGAUGCUGGUGCUGAAGUAGGGGCAAAUGAGGGUGAGGGUAAGGGUGAAGAUAUUGUGGAAAGUGGUAAUGAGGAAAGGAGGUUGAAGGUUGUAAAUGAUCCAUACUGGCAUGCAUUGAUAAGUGACGAUGACGAUGCAUGGGAUGGGGCUGAUGAACCAGAAGCUGGUGGUUCAAAACGUGAUGAUGAUUAUAGUCCUCAUUUUGAUGAUGAGGGUGAUACUGAUGAGGAGGAUGGUGGUCAUGGGGAGGGUAGCCAUGAAAAGGCAGCUGAUGUUGGUGGUUUAAGUGGUUCGGCUACUAUGUUGGAUGAUGAGGAAGAGGAUGAGGUAUCCUCUAACUUAGCUAGAAGUGAUAUCCUCAUAACUCCCCCUAAAAGUGAUGAGGAGUAUGAGGCGAGUAGUUGGCCUAAGUGUGUUACUAGGGUUUCCCAGUUUCAGGAUGUGGACAUGGAAGACCCACAUUUGGAUGUUGGCAUGUCAUUUGAAUCUGCUGCUCAAUUCAGGAAAGCUGUGAGAGAAUACAAUUUGUUUAGGGGUAAGGAUGUUGUGUUCACAAAAAAUGAUGGGGAUCGGGUUAUUGGAGUUUGUAAGAGUAGGCCCAAGGGUUGUCCUUGGAGAGUUUAUGGUUCACUGGUUACGGGUGAGAGAACUUUUAUGCUUAAGUCACUGAACCCUAAACACCAGUGUACACGAUGUUACAAGUCUUCGAUUGUAACGUCUAGAUGGAUUGCAGACAGAAUGACCCACAAAUUUAGGACACAGCCAAACUAUCCAAUUGCAGCUCUCUUUGAUGAUGUAAAAAGGAAAUGGAAUGUGGAUGUUACUCCUAGACAACUGUACAGGGCCAGGGUUAAGGCGAAAGAACAGGUAGAAGGUAAGCACAAGGAACAGUACAAGCGGCUAUGGGAUUAUUGUGCAACAGUAAGACAAAUGAAUAGAGGGAGUACACUGUUGAUGAAAGUUGAAAGGCCUACGUUAGACGUCCCACCUACUUUUCAAAGGUUGUAUAUGUCUUUGGCAGCAUGCAAGGAGGGUUUUAAAAGGGCUUGUAGGCCCGUGAUAGGUGUUGACGGCUGUUUCCUUAAGGGACAUUUCGGGGGGCAAUUGUUGGUUGCUGUGGGAAGAGAUCCAAACGACAAUAUUUAUCCGAUUGCACUGGCUGUGGUUGAAGCUGAAACCAAGGAUAGUUGGUCCUGGUUUCUAGAGACUCUAGUGGGGGACCUUGGUCCAAAUGGCUGUACUGGGUGGACAUUCAUUUCUGACAGACAGAAGGGGUUGAUACCAAGCUUCGAGGAGGUCCUACCAAGUGCACCGCAUCGCAUAUGUAUCCGACACUUAUAUGCAAACUUUAGGGGUGAUGGGCACAAAGGAUUGGUGCUAAAAGACAAGCUGUGGAAAGCAGCUGCUGCAUAUAAUUUUUAUGGGUAUCAAAGGGAAAUGGAGGCGCUGAGGAAAUUGAGUCCAGCUGCCCAUGCUUAUUUGGAGAAGAUUGACCCCCGUACCUGGGCUAGGGCUUUCUUUGACACCACCCCAAAGUGCGACUUGAUCAUGAACAACUUAUGCGAGUGCUUCAACUCGUACAUCAUCCAUGCCCGAGACAAGCCAAUCAUUACCAUGCUGGAGAUGAUUAGGAAGAAGUUGAUGAUGCGAUACCAGAAGAAGAGGCAAGGAAUAAGGGAGUAUGUCGGGGAAUGGUGCCCGAAGAUAUUGGCAAAGUUAGACCAAUGUGGAAAGGAUGCUGCGGAAUGUACUUCAACUUAUGCUGGGGAUGGAAUCUAUGAAGUGUUGUGCAGUUAUGGCACAUUUGUGGUUAGCUUGACGGACCGUGUUUGUGGGUGCAGGCAGUGGGAUAUGACUGGCAUUCCAUGCCCACAUGCCAUCUCAGCCAUUUUAUAUCAUUCUGCCAAACCUGAACAGUACCUGCAUCCGUAUUACAGUGUUGAGAAUUACAAAAUGGCUUAUGACCCAAUGAUAUACCCAGUGCCAAGUGAGGACCAAUGGGUCAGAACCGGGCAAGAUGAGGUUCACCCACCCGUUAUUAGAGCUACCCCAGGCCGGCCCAAGAAGCUCCGGAGAAGGGGUCCAGAUGAGCCAAGAAACCCACAUUGCAUGAGGAAGGGUGGUGUAAGCAUGAGAUGCUCGAAGUGCAGGACAGUUGGCCAUAAUGCUAGGACUUGCCCUAGGAGGAAGAGGAAGUCCACUCCAAGCACUGCAACAGAGUUGAACUUAGAUGAUAUUCCUUCUCACCCAAUUGCUGAUGAUUCACAGCCUACGGAAUCAUCUACAGCUGCACAACCUGUUUCACAGCCCAAAAAGAGAGUUCCACCUACUACUGUUGAUCCUACUUCAACGAAAAGGAGUAAGACAAUGGCUCCCUCAAUGCAUACUCGGGCAUCACAAAGAGCAAAUUCCACAGCUGCAAAAUCUGUUGCUGCAAGGCCUAUUAGGAGGUCUGGUAGGUUGAUGGCAGCAUUUAAGGAGCCCGAUCCCAACAAAGAGAUACCCACUAUUGACCUAACAUGUGAUGAUUCACAACCAGCAGUAUGCACUCGGGAACCGGCCAGGGCACUCGGAGUUGUCAUUCGAGAACCAGUAAGGAAGCCAGCAAGAGUGGUGGUACCAACAGUGGAGAAGGGUAUACGAAGAAUGGAAGCUAAAAACAAAGGGAAAAAACCAAUAUGGCAGCCUUGA